AUGGGCUUGUCUGUCGUGUCCAGCUUGCAGCCAUCGGGCGAGCCCGCAAUGGAGUAUUCCGACGAGGAAGUGCGUGGACGGUUCCCGGGCGUGGAGCUGGUGAUGGGAUCAGGGGCAGCGCAGGGCGCUGGCGCGCUGUUUUUGACCACAAAGAGGGUGGUGUGGGUGAGCGAAGGCACCGGCUCGAAUGGCACCGGCUACGCCGCCGACUUCCGCAGCAUCGCUGUGCAUGCCGUUUCAAGGGAUCCCGAGGUGUCUGCUCGGGAUUGCAUCUACAUCCAGCUCGAUUGCCCCGACCCGCGCUUCAACGAGGAAGAGGACGAGGAGGGGGAGGGCGAGGCGGGGACCACAGCACUUGAUGCGGAACUCAGGCUGGUGCCUGCUCAGCCUCAGCAAGUGGAAGAAAUAUUCAGGCUCCUGUCCGAGUGCGCGGCUCUGAAUCCAGACUCUGACGAUGGCGACAGUGAAGAGGGCACUUUCUUCUACAAUGUGGACAGCGCUCUUGCCAGUGUGGCUGCUGCUGAUAUGGAAAAUGCAAUGGAAGAACUGGAGAUUGAAGAUGGUCAGGGGGAUCUUGAUGAGCUUGUUGGCGAUGAUCCUGAGAGGUUUCAAGAUGCUGAGGAAGAGGAAGACCCAAGACCUAAUGGCUGGACUAGACAUUGA